AUGCCUCUUCGGUUUGACCGAUUCCGGCACUUUCCGGAAAGCGGGAAAACCGCCACUUUGGUAAACUCCCUUUUCAGAACUGUUGUAUGUAUUUGAAUUGUUCAGUUUCUAAGCGCUCUUCUCGGGUUUCUCCUCUCUUUCGCCGAUCUCCACUAUAAAAAUGGUAUUCUUUAUUGGCUCCGCAACAUUUCAAAUCAUUCACUGAUCUAUUUACGAGUAGCGAAACUUCUGUGGGAACAGUAGUUAUGAAACGUUGCGGAGCCGAUUUCUUAGGCCAUUUCAGUAUUUUGUUAAUAUUUAUUUCUAGAGACCAAGUUCUUCUGGGCGAGUUUCUGGCUGUCAUUCCUGUUCGACGUCGUCACAAUUCUGAUUCUUCUCAAAGAUUGGGAUGAAAACGUCGACUGGCUUCGCAAGGCGCCGUUCUCUCUUUAUGUAAUCAUUCCCAUUACUGAAACCUGAAUCUUUACUCUUUUUCAGCAUUGCAUUGGUUCUCUGGCUGUCAGUUUCCUAAUGUUCGUCUGCGGAAUCUUGUUCUUGCUCAGUGAAUCUUAUUCUGGAGAUGGAGUACUUUACGUUGGAGCGGUUAGUUUUUCGAGUGUCAAUUCUUUAUCAAUCCGCACUUUUCAGUUCUUCUGCCUUCUCAUUUUCGCUAUCCGAAUGGCGUGUAUUCUGAAAAUGUUGCCACAGUUGAAAAUGGAAGUUGGCUUCCCAGGUACCCUCAUCCGGCCAUCCGCUCAUAAUCCAGCCGAUCACUUUCAGAGCGUCCGAGCAAUGCGGAUUACGAGAAUCACGGCACUUCGAUCGUCUAG